AUGAAAAGCACGCCAAUACUGUUACUCUGCUGCGCAAUGCAGAGCCUCGCUCAAAGCUCGACAACGGCCUCCGGGUGCGGCUGCCCCAAGCCCUCAAACCCCACGGAGACACAACCGCACUCACGCACCGCAGACAUGUGGAACAUGUGGAUAGGCGCCGUGUCCAUGGCCGCCGUGAACACGACCGUCUCCCCCACAGCAGUCGCCAGCGCCGAGCUCAUCCCGCCGCCGCCCCAGCACUACGCGUCGUGGAUGCGCGGGCCGCAGAGCCCCGCCGUCCACGCGAACGCGAGCUGGCGCUUCCCGCGGGCCUUCUGGUGGGGCGUGGCGGGCGCGUCGUACCAGGUCGAGGGGGCGGUGAAGGACGAGGGGCGAGGGCCAUCGGUGUGGGACGCGCUGCUGCAUCGCGUCGAGGGGUAUAGUAUGGCGAACGAGACGGGGGAUGUUACGGCCAAUCAUUAUUACUACUAUAAGCAGGAUAUUGCUAGGCUUGCUGCGUUGCGUGUGCCGUACUAUUCGUUUUCGAUUUCUUGGAGUCGGAUUUUGCCGUUUGGACGGGGUCCGGUUAAUGAGGACGGCCUGGCUCAUUAUGAAGACGUUAUCAAUACGUGUCUUGAGUACGGUGUGAAGCCAGCUGUGACGCUGUUUCACUGGGACUUACCACUGUAUCUCUAUAAUCUUUACGGAGGAUGGACCAGCGAAGAGAUCGUGGACGACUUUGUCGAAUACGCUCGAAUCAUCCUAACCCGCUACGGCAACAAAGUGCCCAUGUGGUACACACUGAACGAGCCGAUCAGCUUCUGCACGCUGCAAAUGCCAGAGCACUACUUCAAAAACGUCACGAUCCCCAAAAAGCAACAGCCCUACUUCUGCGGGCAGCACGCCCUGCUCGCGCACUCCAAAGUGUACCAUCUCGCCAAAUCGCUCAACAUCACCGGCCCUAUCUCGCUAAAGAACAACGGGUACUACAAAGUCGCGCGAACAAACAGCACCGAGGACGCCAAGGCCGUGCAGCGAGCCUGGGACUUCAACGAAGGGUGGUUCGCGAACCCGAUCUACGUGGACGGCGAAUACCCGCGGUACCUGAAAGAGUACGUGGGGACGUUCCUGCGGGAGCUGACAGCGGAAGAGAAAGCACAGAUACAGAACUCGACGGACUUCUUCGCGCACGACGCCUACGCGGCCAAGAUGUACAUGGCGCCGUCGGGGGGGAUCGACGCGUGCGUGACGAACGAGUCGCACGCGCUGUUCCCGACGUGCGCGGACUCGACAUUUACGUAUGCGGACGAGGACGGCGGCUGGAACAUUGGGCCUGCGGCCGAUCCGUACACGGCGUGGCUGCACAAGGCGACGGACUGGAUUCCGCAGUUCUUGCACUACAUCCAGGAUACCUGGCAUCCGGCGGGCGGGAUCGCGGUCACGGAAUUCGGCUUCACGGAGCCGUACGAGGCGCGGAAAUGGCUGCUUGGGGAUAUUAGGGCGGACUUGGGCCGGACGACCUACUUCCACGACUACCUGGAAGCGGUGCUGAUAGCGCUGAGCGAGGGCGUCAACGUCGUCGGCUGUCUUGCGUGGAGCGUCUUCGAUAACUUGGAGUGGACGGCGGGGUUCAAUGUGCAGUUUGGGCUGCAGUACGUGAACCGGACGACGCAGCAGCGGCACUACAAGGCGAGUUUCUUUGAGCUGGCGCGCAUGUUUGAGACGUAUCAAGAGAAGUAAAAGUAGUUAAAAGUCCGGGUAGCAGAGUAGCGCAACUCACUCGGUACGUCAUGAUUGAUUAAUGAACCUGGCAGCCUCGGUCAUUACCGCAUUUGGCCCAAGCGCAGCCGACCCACUACAGUCAGCGUGGCCGAUUU